AUGGGUUCACCACAAAAGGAUAUAGAAUUAAGCCCAGUUAAGUCGCAGUUAAAUCAGAAUAAACACGUGCUUGUUGAGAAAGUGAAUGUGCCUGCUAGCGAUGAAGAAGAUGUGAUUAUCGGUAGAUUCCGUAAAAUAAGUUCUGCGAAGUCUAUGGCAGCGACAAACGGAAACAUUCAGUAUCCAGCCGAGAGUAUAAAAUAUGAUGACAUUGAAGCUGGGUUGCAAUUUAAGAAGGAGACCUCUGAGAAUGAUAGUUUACUUCCUAAUGAUAACAUCGAGGGGGCACUCGCGUUGCAUUCCAGGUCCCCAGUAACGAAAAGUAGCUUUCGGGACAUGGACAAACCAUCGCGUUUUAAGGACCAACCAUCAGCUACCAGAUUUAAGAUGGAAGAAAAUAAAACGGACGAGGACGACUCCGAAGACUCCGAUGGCUCCGGCGUGGGCAGUGACGAUCCCCUCACAGUUACCGACACCAAGUAUGGAAAGAGCUUUAGGCAUUUCACUCGGGAAGCACUUCCCCGGCUGGACAAUUACAGGAACGUGCUCUCCCUGCACGCCGCACCGCGACCCACUCUCGACGAGCUGCACAACGCUUCGCUGUCGAGGAAGCCAGACCAGGCCUUGGAGAAAGAUACGGCGGACCCGGUGCCGGCAGCCGCAAACGUCAAGUUCGGCUGGAUAAAGGGCGUGCUGAUGCGAUGUCUGCUCAACAUAUGGGGGGUGAUGCUAUUCCUGAGGCUGUCAUGGGUCGUGGGGCAGGCGGGUAUCGUUCAAGCGAUGCUACUCAUCAUUACUACUUCGGUGGUAACCACGAUCACAGCGCUAUCCAUGUCCGCCAUUAGCACCAAUGGUGUAAUAAAAGGCGGUGGCACGUACUACAUGAUCUCGCGGUCGCUGGGCCCCGAGUUCGGUGGCUCCAUCGGACUGAUCUUCGCGAUGGCCAACGCCGUGGCCUGUGCCAUGUACGUGGUGGGCUUCGGCGAGUCCCUGAUCACGCUCAUUCCAGAGUCCGCCUACAUGGUCAGCAAGAGCUGGGACCAAGCUAUUUACGGCUGCAUCACGAUCGUGAUCCUGAUGGGGAUCGUGAUGGUGGGAAUGGAGUGGGAGGCAAAAGCGCAGAUUGUUCUGCUUAUUGUGCUGUUGGCGGCCAUCGCCGACUUCUGCAUUGGCUCAGUCAUAGGCCCCAAGAGCGACCUGGAAGUCGCCCAGGGCUUCGUCGGUUUCAACUUAACGGUGUUGCAAAGCAAUCUCGCGUCAGACUAUAGAUACUUUGAAGGCGUCGAGCACAACUUCUUCUCGGUUUUCUCCAUAUUCUUCCCCGCCGCUACUGGAAUAUUGGCCGGCGCUAAUAUCUCCGGAGACCUCAAGGACCCGCAGCGGUCCAUCCCGAAGGGCACGCUGCUGGCCAUCCUGCUGACGACGCUGUCGUACCUGCUGAUCGCGCUGGUGGCGGGCUGCUCGGUGCUGCGCGACGCGGCGGGCGCCGGCGGCGUUGUGGCCGCCUGCCUCGCGCGCCGCUCCUGCCCCUACGGCCUGCACAACAGCAACGACGUGAUCCGGCUGGUGUCGGCGUGGGGGCCCCUCAUCUACGGAGGCUGCUUCGCCGCCACGCUCUCCUCGGCGCUCGCCUCCCUCGUCUCCGCGCCCAAGGUCUUCCAGGCGCUGUGUCAAGACAAGCUGUACCCUUACUUAGAUUUCUUCGCGAAGGGCUACGGCAGCAACAACGAGCCCGUGAGGGGAUACGUACUCGCUUUCAUCAUCGCCGUGGCUUUCAUUCUCAUCGGGGGCUUGAACCAGAUCGCGCCGCUGAUCUCGAACUUCUUCCUGGCCGCGUACGCGCUCAUCAACUUCUCCACGUUCCACGCGAGCCUGGCCAGGCCGGUGGGCUGGCGCCCCACCUUCAAGCUGUACAACGCGUGGCUGUCGCUGUUCGGGGCGGCGCUGUGCGUGCUCAUCAUGUUCGUGGUCUCGUGGGCGACGGCGCUGCUCACCUUCGGCUUCCUGCUGGCGCUCUACCUGCUCGUCUCGCACAGGAAGCCAGACGUGAACUGGGGCUCGACCACUCAGGCGCAGACGUACCGGAGCGCGCUCUCCGGAGUGCACCAGCUCAACAAGGUUACCGAACACGUCAAGAACUACAGGUACGGCCUC